CUGACAGGCAGCUGUGGGAGAAGUAGCUUCCCGAGCACGUCUGAAAACACGCGUCAAAAUGGACCAGAGCCGCAACAGUCCGCUCUGCUCUGCGUGGAGAAGUGUGUCUCAACGAGCCCGUAUGUUGCUUCCCGUUGGUUUCCAGACAGAAAUGAAGGAGACGUGUAAACUCGCUGGACCCGUGAUGAUCUCCCAGCUCAUGGGUUUCGCAGUGGGAUUUGUCAGCACCAGUUUCUGUGGCCACUUGGGAAAGACAGAAUUGGCCGGAGUUUCUCUCGCUAUAUCAGUCAUCAAUGUCCUGGGGAUAUCCAUCGGCUUCGGUCUGGCUACUGCGUGUGACACUUUGAUGUCUCAGACAUUCGGGAGUGGGAAUCACCAUAAAGUGGGCGUGAUACUCCAAAGGUCAAUUCUCAUUUUGAUCCUGGCCUGCUUCCCCUGCUGGGCAAUCCUCCUCAACACAGAGGCCCUUCUGCUGGCUGUUGGUCAGGAACCAGAGGUCGCCAGGUUGUCGCAGGUCUAUGUACAAAUCUUCAUGCCAGCUCUUCCUGCAACUGUCCUGUUUUUGCUGGAAGCAAAAUAUCUGCAAGCCCAGGGCAUCAUCUGGCCAGAGGUGGUCACUGGCCUUGUGGUCAACGUCCUGAAUGCCCUGAUCAACUACAUAGUCCUGUUUGUGUUUGAACUGGGAGUGCGAGGGUCUGCGAUUGCCAACUUGCUCUCUCAGUACCUCAUGGCUGUUGUUCUUUAUGGAUAUAUCCUGUGGAAAGGUCUUCACAAGUCCACCUGGAAAGGCUGGUCCAGAGAAUGCUUGGAAGACUGGGGGCAGUUUAUGCGCUUGGCCAUUCCCAGCCUGCUCAUGGUCUGUGUGGAGUGGUGGACCUAUGAGAUCGGAAACUUUUUGGCAGGUAUCAUCAGUGAAGUGGAACUUGGAGCUCAGUCGGUGGUUUUUCAAAUUGCCAAUCUUGCAUACAUGUUUCCAAUGGGCUUCAGUGUGGCAGGAUGCGUCAGAGUGGGGAACGCGUUGGGAGCUGGAGACACGGAACAAGCCAAGCUGUCAGCUAAAAUCUCAAUGUUCACCGGAGUGUCCGUCUCCGUCAUCUUGGCUGUUCUCGUCGGAAGCCUGAAGAAUUAUGUCUCCUUCAUUCUCACCUAUGACGAGGAAAUCCGUCAGAGAGUAUCGGAUCUUGUGUCUUUUUACGCACCGUUUCUCCUCUUGGAUGCGACAGUUGCAGUGUCUGGAGGAAUCAUAAGAGGAGCAGGUAAACAGAAGGUUGGCGCCAUUUGCUACAUUGUGGGCUACUAUGGGAUUGGUUUACCCAUCGGUGUGCCACUGAUGUUUGCAGCCAAGAUGGGAAUCGUAGGACUGUGGACAGGCAUUUUGACCUGUGUGUUUCUGCAGUGUAUUUUCCUCAAUGUGUACUUGUUCUGUAUGAACUGGAGGACAGCAACUGUUGAGGCUCAGAUUCGAGCUGGAGUGUGCACCAGCGUGCCUGACGCAGAUGAGCUGCCUCACUCAGCAAGCCAGGACAAUCUCUUGGAGCUGGUGGAAGCCGAGGAAGACGCGGCCGCCCCGCCCACUCAAAUGGAUGACAUCACUUUUCGGAAACUGCUGGUGCGCAGAGGGAAGGUCCUGGUCCUCAUGCUCCUCAUCCUAGCUGCCGGGAUUAGUGUUAAUCUCUUAGUCUCCAUUCAUAUAACCUGAUAAUUCGCCACGUCUUUUUGGAAAAAGUGAAACUUCCAUCAAAGCAACAUCCUCUGUGGAUGUGACGCUGGGUCACUUCCUGAUGUCAGUGUCGAGUCGAGGGCUGGCACCAGAGCACAGGAGCUGAAGGAGAAGGACAGUGUGUCUGUACGAUGGAAAGAAAUGAUUUAAAUGUGCAAAAUGAAAUGCAACAAUAAAAGGUGU